GUACUAAAAUUCUUGGAAUCACCCUCCCCGUUGCGGACGUCUACCCAGGUCGAUCCUCUGUGGAUAUUCUCACCGGGGAUUUGGGGUGGAGUGGGAAAAACGUGCUGUACCCGCGCGCUGCCACGUACAUCAGCCUGAGAGAAUAAAAAAAAAAAUUCUCCACUCCGUUGCAUCAAGCCAACAAUUAAAAUCAUCGAAUAAUUAUAAAAACCCGAAAAAUCACCCAUUAACCGUCAAAUGGAGGGUCUACCAUAAGUGAGUACCUCCUGAAUUAACCCUUUCCCCUGUAUCAAUCAUCAAAUCUCCGAUAAAUACGCCCUAGUGUGUUAUAACCUAUGAUAAAUCGUGAUUGAUUGUUACGUUUUACUGACCUAUCUCUUGAUGAGGACACGGUUACAAGAAAUACGGAUGAACGAUGGCUAAAUCAAAGUCCCACGAGCGCACACCGAAGGCCAAAAAUAAACACCUCAAUCAUGCUCAUCAGAGAAAAGAGGCUGAGUCUUCUAGGAUGAAUCUGAUGAAUACUUUGUUGACGCUGACCUGCAUGGCUGUUGCUGCGUGGUUCGGGUACAAGGGAUACCUUGAAACGAGAGUUAACACUCCUUUUGAUACGGAAAAGCUGGUCUCGUUAAAUGGUUUGGACACAGCUGAUCGGUACUGGGGCACAUACCGUUCGAAUCUGUACUUCGGUAUGAAAACAAGGGAUCCUCAGUCUCUGGCGAGUGGUUUGAUGUGGUACAGGCCGAAUGAUUUGCGUCAGGGUAGUGAAUCCUUCAGGCACUGGUGCGAGCAGUCAGACAAACUGGAAAAAUACGGUUGGCUGGAGCACGAUGGGAAGACCUUCGGUAUUCAAGAGAUAGUGGAUGGUGACUUGAUAAUCAAAACUUCGUACGUUAAGAAGCCUGGGGGUCGUCACGGUGGUGACUGGACAGCGCGAAUAGGUGUUACCUUCAAGGAGGAUGUCAUCCAGUCCGAUAAAUCCGAGGAGAUCUCCUUCAUAUUCUACUCAGCCCUCGAAGAUAAAUCAACGGGGAACAUAAAGGCGUCUCUGGGGGCUGAUAACAGGCUCUCGGGGAUGGAGGGAUACACAGACGGUCUUGGAGCUUACAGAUUCUCCAUGAAUCCCACCAAGGGAACAGUGGAGGAGCAUUCUUUCCUCAUAGCUGUUAUGCCAGGUCUGGAUUUAGUCCGUGAAACUGUUCUGCAGAAUCUACGCCUGGCCUCGCAGAAGGGCUCGAACCUGAAGAGAAUAGUCCUCGGAGGUGAUCAAUUGCCACUGGACUCGGAGGGGAAGAAGACAGAUCCUAAUUUUUGUGCCACACAGGUGACAGCCAAAGUUCCUUUCGAGUUCGAGGUUCUCUUCGAGUCUGGAAGCGUUCCCCUACGGAAGGAGAAACUCACGGGGAAGAAUUUUGAUGCAGCCCUGGGGGAUCAGCGAAAGCGAUUCCACGAGAAAUUCGAGAAGACAUUCAAGCUGGAGGAGAAGGGCUUCAAAGAAGAUGCCAUCGAGUUCGCCAAGUUGGCGUUCUCCAAUCUCAUUGGCUCGAUCGGGUACUUCUAUGGUACUGCGCAAGUGCAGAGUGUAUACACGAAGAGCCCAGUGCCCUACUGGAAGGCUCCACUGUACACAGCAGUACCCAGUCGUUCUUUCUUCCCGAGGGGAUUUCUGUGGGAUGAGGGCUUCCAUGGUCUCCUCAUAUCCACGUGGGACCUGGACAUCGAGCUGGAUAUUAUGAGCCACUGGUUCGACCUGAUGAACUCCGAGGGCUGGAUUCCCAGAGAGAUGAUAUUGGGUUCUGAAGCACUGAAGAAGGUACCCGAGGAGUUUGUCACUCAGAUAAGCACAAAUGCCAAUCCACCGACGUUUUUUCUCACUCUGGAGUACAUUUUGAAUACUCGAGAGGUCGAGCUGUUGGACAGACACUACAAACUCCUGGGGAAGAUUUAUCCAAGGCUGCAGGUGUGGUUCGAGUGGUUCAAUACCACGCAAGUGGGGGAUUUACCUGGAACGUACAGGUGGAGAGGAAGAGACAGUUUAACGAAUAGAGAACUCAAUCCGAAGACAUUGACGUCUGGUCUGGAUGAUUAUCCGAGGGCCUCUCAUCCCAAUGUCGAUGAGAGGCAUGUCGAUUUGAGGUGCUGGAUUGCAUUUGCUUCUGGGGUUAUGGCAAGACUAGCUUCACUGUUGGAGCAGCCUAGUCAGAGGUACAAUGAGACCCAUCAAUUUCUCACUGACAAUCAACUGCUGAAUCAUCUCCACUGGUCUGGAGCUACUCAGGCGUAUGCUGAUUAUGGCCUCCAUACUGAUAAAGUGGAGCUCAGGAGGCCCAGUGCCCCUCCAAGAUCACCGGCAUCUCCGGACCUCAUCAGAGUCGUCCUCGAGGAUCCAACUCUGCGAUUCGUCGAUUCGGCUUUUGGGUAUGUCUCGUUAUUUCCAUUUAUCCUGGGAAUCGUCGAGUCGAAUUCACCGAAUCUUGAUAAGAUCCUGAAUGAUAUCACCAAGCCUGAGCUACUCUGGACCAAAUAUGGGCUCAGAUCAUUGGCGAAAUCAUCCCCACACUACAUGAAGUACAAUACUGAGCACGAUCCACCGUAUUGGAGGGGCGCUAUCUGGAUGAAUCUUAAUUAUCUGACCCUCAGGGCCCUCAAUCACUACUCCGAGGUACAGGGGCCCUAUCAGGCCAAGGCCGGAAGGAUCUAUAAGGAGCUCAGGGAGAAUGUAAUCAAAAAUAUGAUGGCACAGUACAAGCGGACGGGAUUCCUCUGGGAAAAUUAUGGUGAUAGCUAUGGCGAGGGCAAGGGCUCGCAUCCCUUUAAUGGCUGGUCCUCACUCAUCGUUAUGAUUAUGGCUGAGAUCUACUGAGGAGUGUCAUUCAUUCAGAGGCACUAAUGUCUCGUGGACAAUCAGACAAUUUUUCGUGGGAUGUGAACGAUCUAAAGGGUUGAGGAUGGAUUUUUUUUUAUCACAGAAAAAAAUGAUUUCAUCGUUUCAGGAUUAAUUCCUCGAUUAUCAAUUAAUUCAUUAAUUACUAGUUCAUAAUUAAUUAAUUCGUUGAUUAAGGGCACAGAGAUGAUCGUUUUUUUAUAUCUUUUCGUUAGAAUAAGGAAUGAUUUUGAGGGAAAGACGGCUGGGAGAGAGACUAGAAUGGAGGGAUUUUUUGUGGCAGUGGGAAGUGGAUUUUUCUUGUCCAGGGGAUCAAAGGAUUGCGGGGGGCUUCUGCGAGGAAUUUUGAGGGUUCUUCAAUCACACAAUCACACGUGAUUUCAUCAUUUCUGCCGUACAAAGAAUUUUAAAAAAUGCGUAAAGCCAUAGAAAUUAUUUUGUUCGCGGUAUAUUAUUAGAUAGCUUCUUAGUGUCACUAGGAAUGUUGAAUAAACGAAUUCAGCGAGUGAAUGGUGUACUUCCAGCUUGUGUGAGGCUGGCACUCACCAGACCACAAUUUUUCAUUGAAUGGAGUGGAAAUUUCAUUAUUUGAUUGCGUGGGGAGAAUGCAAUAUCAAAUCAGUAACGACGUGGUGAAGUGAGAGAAGUUGAAUUUUAUAUUUUUUUCAAUUAUCGAUUUAUCUCGAAAAGUGGAGUCUUGAUGUUUCCUUCUAAAAUCAAUAGGUUUUUCGAUUAUUCGAUAUUUAAAGAAAAUGACAAUUCCGUUUAUUUCACUUUAUCACUUCGCCAAUGGAAUUAUUCGAACGUAAAAAUUCACGUAUUUGUAGCUUGAGUGGAGGACAUUCCGGGGGGUAGAUUUCUAAGGACUCAUAUACCAAAAUACGAAAAAAUGAUAUAAUUGUAUAUUAAGACUGCGCAGGGGGGACUGUAAAUUGCGGUAAUUGAUGAACAUUUCAGUGCAUUCAUCAGUGGAUUUUUCUAUCGCAUGCCUGGAAUUUUAUUUAUUGAGGAUAUCACGGGAUUGUUUAAGAAUUUUCACAGUCUCGUGAUUUCCUCAAUUAGCUUUCUCAAUUGUACGGAAUAAGUCUAAGAGGAUUAAUAUAGCGUGUAUGCAUGCAGUGAGGAUUCCUUGGGUUUUAAUGAAAAUACAUAAUAACGAAUUCUUGAGCUGUUGUAAGCCGAGGAUUCGGGGUAUAAUUGAGGAUUUUUAAACGCUGAGUAAUUAAUUCUAAGUAAGGAUUUUUCAAACCUGGCUGUGAAGAUACAAAAAUAAUAACCAGAAAACCCGUUACUGCAUUUCUUUUUUCUCGUGUAGCUGUGGGACGAUUGUCCCUGUUUUUUAAUAAUGUCGAGAGAGUGAGAAAUACUCAUCAUCAUCGUAGAGUAGAUUUAUCGAGCGUGCGCGUGUUCUUUGUGGCGAACAAUAAACUAAAUUCUCUGUUUGGGCUUUUGAAGCGCGCGUGUACUUUAUAAUCCGAGUGUAAUCACAAAUAUUUUACAAUUGUUUCAUUUUAGAAUUUUCUUGUAAACCAAUAAAGAAAUCAAAUUUA